GGAAGGUGAACCACCAGUAUCUUGCUGUAACUUUUUCAACCUUGUAGCUGUAAGCAUUUUCACUCUGACAAAGAGAAGAGGCCCAUUGAUCAUAGAGACCAGGGUGGACUUCCUUUAAAAUCCAAAACAGAGAAACAAAUAUGUAAUCCAUCAGAGAGGCAACUAUAGAGCACAAAUAUUGUCAAGCAAUGGGGAAGACCACAUUGAGAACCGUCAUUGUCUGUGUAUCCACAGUGUAUAGUGCUUUAGGUUGUGUAGUGACAGGCCCAGACCAGAAGGAGGUUCCUGUAGGCUCUAAUGUCCGACUGUCCUGCAACCUCACUCAGUGUUUGAAAAGUCUGGGACAUCACCAAAUCAGUGCGGAGUGGAACUUCAAGGGGUCAAUGGAUAUCAACCAGCACUAUCUCAUAUACCACUACCAUAACCAAACUGUCACCGUUGAACCCAGAGUGUCUCUGGUUGGGAACAUCUCUGAAGGUGACUUCUCACUCCUGCUGCUGUCAGUGACAGUCCAAUGUAGUGGCACCUACACGUGUCGCCUGUUUCCUGCACCUGGCUAUCCAGACAUCCAUGAGAGUCACACACAGGUCACAGUGGUGGAGAGAUCAGGGCAGUACAGGAGGUUCCCAGGAGAUUUCCAUAAACCUGAUGUAAACCCUCCUGAUUGGCUGUUGCCUCUCUGCUGCGUGCUUUUUUCACUGUUCCUGGUGGGCGGAGUCACAGUGGGAAUAUGGGUGUGUUGGAGGAGGAGGUCACCGCGGCAACAAAAUGACCAGUGUCACAUCCAGGUGAACGUAAUACGCGAAGAAGACACACAGGAAGCCAAUGGAAACAAGGACACAAACUGCUAUGUCACGCUCCAGAGGUUCAGGGCCCCGCCCCCUCCCACACCCUCUAGAGGAGAGGGCAUCUACGUUACCAUGCACGGCACUCCCACUGGGCCUUCAGGAGUCCAUCCCAAGCCCCAGACUCACCCCAGCAGAAAGACUCUCCCAGAGGAGUGGCUGCAGCAGGAAAUACCCACAAAGCCCCAACACUUCCCUUGAACAUCUCCAACCAACCCUCCUCAAAGACUCAGACACAGGGAACUGCUAUGUUGAGGCUAAUAGCUCGGCUAUUUCAAAUCCCCCAUUGUUCCUUUGCGACAUUGCUGAAAGAACCACUGUGUUUGAUUCAUUUCAAAGGGGGUGAAAAUCUGUUACUUUGGAAGAGAAUCCAGAUACCACCUAUAUCCAAAUUCAUCUCUGACACUACAAUCAGACUGGUUAUUGAAGUUAGGAAAAAGAAGAUUCCUAUAAUUCAGCUGUAUAAAGAUAACGUAUUACGAUUACUUAGAAGAUCCUUCCUUCUUGCUAAUGGUCCCCUGGGUGCAGAGGAGUCCUCUCGGCUCUUAAGUGUAACCCUUAAGUUAUUAAGUUAUUAUUGUUGACCGGUAGGGAUUUUAAAAACAGGAAGUGGGGAGAGAGGUAAUCGUGCACAUGGUUUCAUCCAUCAGCUGUAACUCUCUGUAGCAAUUAUCCCGGGAUCGUCCCACAGGAUAUAUACAGGACAUUCACAGAACAUUGCAUAGGACAUUCACAGACCAUGCACAGGACAAUCCAUUACAUGUGACUUUCCUGCAGAUYCUUUUUGCAAGGGUGUGAUUGGUUUUUCCUCAUUUAUGACGGGCUGUCUCGGUGGGAAGUUUUUAAGUUGUUUUUUAUUAAAAAAUCGAUCAACAA